ACCAAAAAAACAGCCCCAUUAGAAGUUGAAUAUUCACUACGGAAAUUGAAUUGACUUGGAAUUCAGCAAACCUGUGACCCGUGCCGUCUGGAGUCGAAGUCUUCUUCUUCUUCCUGUAACAUCCACAAUUCAAUUCUUUAUUCACAGAGAGAGAAUCUAUAAACCCUCGAACCGAACCUGUUCUGCUGUUCACAUCCCACAACUCCAACCACAUCGGACAAACACAAGCGUAGAUUUCAAGGAACCGAUGCCAAGAUCCCCCAUCUAAUUUUAAGGUUGUUGGUUGCUUGUUUUUGCUCUAAAGUUUAGAUCUUUGGCGUUUUUUGGAUUUGGGUAUGGCGAGAGGUACCAGAUCAGUGACGAGUAGCAGCAAAUGGAGGUACUGCCACCCUUCCUAUUACCUCAAGCGACCAAAGCGUCUUGCUUUGCUCUUCAUCGUUUUUGUCUUCGCCACUUUCGUUUUCUGGGAUCGUCAAACUCUAGUCAGCGAGCACCAGGUGGAAAUUGCUGAGCUACGGAAAGAAGUGACUGAUUUGCAAAAUUUGUUGGAAGAGUUAAAUGCAAAAGGUGGUACUGUCGGGAAGUUUGACUGGAAAGCGAAAAAACUCACCAGUAAAGAGGUCCCUGAUGAUCCCAUUGAUAUCGAGAGGAGAGAAAAAGUAAAAGAAGCAAUGCUUCAUGCUUGGGGGUCUUAUGAGAAGUAUGCAUGGGGCCAAGAUGAACUUCAGCCGCAGUCAAAGAAUGGUGUCAAUAGUUUUGGAGGUCUUGGAGCAACUUUAAUAGAUUCUCUUGAUACACUAUACAUUAUGGGUCUCAAUGAGCAGUUUCAGAAAUCUCGAGAAUGGGUCGCGAACCUGGAUUUUAACAAGGAUUAUGAAGCAAGUGUUUUUGAGACAACUAUAAGAGUAGUUGGUGGCCUUCUUAGUGCAUAUGAUCUUUCAGGGGACAAAGUUUUCCUCACCAAGGCUAAAGAAAUUGCAGACAGAUUACUUCCUGCAUGGAACACACCUACAGGAAUUCCUUAUAACAUAAUCAACUUGUCACAGGGACGGGCACACAAUCCUAGUUGGACUGGUGGUGAGAGUAUUCUGGCUGAUUCUGGCACUGAACAGCUAGAGUUCAUUGCUCUAUCUCAAAGGACUGGAGACCCAAAGUAUCAGCAGAAGGUGGAGAAUGUAAUAACACAGCUCAAUAAAACAUUUCCCGAUGAUGGAUUACUUCCUAUCUAUAUUAAUCCUCAUAGUGGAACAACAGGCUACUCUCCCAUUACAUUUGGUGCUAUGGGCGACAGUUUUUAUGAGUACUUGCUAAAAGUUUGGAUACAGGGGAAUCAGACUUCAGCUGUAAAACUUUAUAGAGAUAUGUGGGAGAAAUCAAUGAAAGGUCUGUCAAGUUUGAUUCGGAGAUCAACACCAUCUUCUUUUACUUAUUUAUGUGAGAAGAAUGGAGAUUCUCUCUCGGACAAAAUGGAUGAACUAGCAUGCUUUGCUCCAGGGAUGCUUGCUCUGGGAUCAUCUGGUUACGGUCCUGAUGAUUCACAGAAAUUUCUGACACUAGCAGAAGAGCUUGCUUGGACAUGUUAUAACUUCUACCAAUCAACUCCAACAAAAUUGGCUGGAGAGAAUUAUUUCUUUCAUUCUGGGCAGGACAUGAGUGUGGGUACAUCAUGGAACAUACUGAGGCCAGAGACAGUUGAGUCACUCUUCUACCUUUGGCGUCUAACUGGCAACAAGACAUACCAAGAAUGGGGUUGGAAUAUAUUUCAAGCUUUUGAGAAGAACUCCCGCAUAGAGUCAGGCUAUGUUGGAUUGAAGGAUGUUAAUAGUGGCGUCAAAGACAACAUGAUGCAGAGCUUCUUUCUUGCGGAGACUCUCAAGUAUCUUUAUCUUCUCUUUUCACCUCCUUCGGUCAUCCCAUUGGAUCAAUGGGUAUUCAACACAGAAGCUCACCCUCUGAGGAUUGUAACCAGGCAUGAAGGGGGAGUUGUUGAGAACUCAAAUGAGAAGCAAAAACCUUUUUCUAGAUUACGUGGCAGAAAGGAAGGUCGAUCUGGUUAGACUUCCGUUCUUCUCCGCCAUCACGUGUUGAACCCCUUUUAUGAAGAUUCGCGAAGAGCAGUUUGUUCCAUUUUUAUUGGAGCUUGUAAGAUGUGAGCAUUCCCUCAUAGGUGAGCAGUUGAGACAGGGAGGGAGAAGGGGUUCAUGCUGCUAUAGAUGGUGCAUAGUAUAGGAAAUAGGUCUUCACAGAAGUUCUUACAAAAUUCAAGGUGGCGACUCGACCCUUUGUUGAUGACUGGCCCUUUUGAAAUUCAUGGCUAAUAGGUUACUGCCCUUUAUUUUAUUCCUUUGUCUGGAACCAAAUUUUCCGAUCAGUAACUGCACGGUUUAUGUAUUUGGGGGCAUAUAUCUGCACAUUCAAUAACAAGACAGUUCCAGCCUUUACUUUUCUUUUUAGUUUGAGCAGCAGUAAUGAUACGUUGAUGCAGGCACGCCACAUACAUCCCAUUGUUCUCUCUUUUCUUAUCACAUUCAUCCUAUAUUACAUUAAUUACUUCACUCUUUUAUUAAUUUUCACUUUGAGUGUAUGUUGGGUGUCUAUACUA